GCGGGGGCAAGCUUUUUGAAUGAAGGUUGUUUUCUGUGUUGACACCGUGAUACUGAAAGCCUCCGGCCGAGAGAUCCACAUAUUCCAAUGUAAAAUUAAACAAAUGAAAGAGGAGGAGCCGGCACUCAUUUAUUUACAGAUUAGGCUACACGAUGUGGAGUGUAGAGACUCCGUGCAGCGCGAGCACGAGAUUGGCGAGCAGCAGACGUUUUCACAGGUUGAUUUAUAUUUUGCACGGAGCAGGAAAGCAAAAGUUAAAUAUUUUCUGGCGUCAUCAUUUCCCAUAGAACUAGGCUAUGGGGACAUCUGAUACCAUGAUAAAUAAGACGUGCCUGUCCUUUCACCAUACAUCAAUUUUAUAGCGACAUUUCGGAUACUGUCAUUGGUGCUGUGACUUCACUUUGUCUACUAUUCUUGGAAGAGCAGAGCAGAAAGAAACCUACAAAGUUUUUAUUAUAGACAAUCCUUGUCAAUCAGUAGGAUACUGUCGCUAUCUGAUGCAUGAGCGAUGCAGCCAGAACACAACAGUAACCCCUAUACUGGACAGGAUGAUGGGGGGGUCAACGGGAUAGGAGACAAUCAGACGGAGGAGGAAGCAUUGAGCGGCGAGCCGCCGACCGAACACUGUGAUGAGCCUACUGCAGACUCUGUAAUGGCGCACAACGGUGGUUCUCCCCAAGACCAGGAGAAUCAGCAAGCACAGAAGGAGCACCAGGGACAGGACCUGGGAGAUAGCGAAUGCAAGAUCCCACACGAGGACAGCACUAUCCAGCUAAUCGAGGCUGGAUGUCUCGAUAGUAAACCCGCUGUGUCCCCGAAUUCCCAGUCUCAGUCCCCGGCACCAGGGCAGAGCCCCGGGUUCGUCCCACCCGAGGGCGGGUUCGGCUGGUUAGUUGUUUUCGCUGCUACCUGGUGUAAUGGAUCCAUCUUCGGGAUACAGAACUCCUUCGGUAUCCUCCACAUGAUGCUGGUGGAAGACCACACAGACCCCAAUGACAAAACGUCGCAGUUUAAAGUAGCCUGGGUGGGGGCCCUGGCGAUGGGCAUGAUCUUCUUCUGUUCCCCGGUGGUCUCCAUGUUCACCGAUCACUUCGGCUGCAGGAAGACAGCUGUGGGCGGGGCCACCAUGGCCUUCAUCGGACUCCUCAGCACCGCCUUCGCAACGUCCCUCAGCCUACGGUAUUUCACCUAUGGGAUCCUGUUUGGCUGUGGCUCAUCCUUUGCCUUCCAGCCCUCCCUGGUGAUCCUGGGCCACUACUUCCGGCGGCGGCUUGGCCUGGCAAACGGCGUGGUGACGGCGGGCAGCAGCCUGUUCUCCAUGGGCCUCCCGGUGCUGCUCACCAAGGUGGUGGAGCCGCUGGGCCUCAGCAGAACCUUCCAGAUCCUCAGCCUCUUCAUGCUGGUCCAGGCCCUGCUGGCCCUGAUCUUCAGACCCCUGCUGCCCCAGAGAGCUCCAAUGGGACCACCAGAACCAGGGGGCCCCGCUGGGUCCACAACCCAGCCAGGAGCCCCUGCCCGGGGAAGCCGCUGGAGCAGUGCCCAGACCCAGGUCCGGAAGGCCUUUAACGUGAAGGUGUUCCACAUCGUCACCUACCGGGUGUGGGCGUUCGGGGUGUCUACGGCUGUGCUGGGUUACUUUGUGCCUUACAUCCACUUGAUGAACUUCGUGAAGGAGCAGUUCAAGGAGCCCCAGAAGGAGUGGAUCUUGUUGGUGUGUAUAGGAGCCUCAUCUGGCGUGGGACGCCUCCUCUUCGGGAAAGUAGGAGACCUCAUUCCCGGAGCCAAGAAGAUCUGGAUGCAGUCGGUGUCGUUCAUGGUGCUGGGGCUGAUGUCCAUGAUGAUCCCCCAGUGCACUGUGUUCGAGGGGCUGAUUGUGGUGUGUGUGUUCCUGGGGCUGUGUGACGGCUGCUUCAUCACCAUCAUGGCUCCUAUAGCCUUUGAGCUGGUGGGCCCCAUGCAGGCCUCCCAGGCUAUAGGAUACUUACUGGGACUCAUGGCCCUGCCCAUGACCGCAGGACCCCCCAUCGCUGGACUCCUGCAUGACUACUGUGGUGAUUACAACGUGGCCUUCUACCUGGCAGGGGGCCCUCCCAUCGUGGGGGGCAUUGUGCUGUUCUUUGUGCCCCUGAUACACCGGCGGCAGCAGAGAGCCUUUGAGAACCAGGAUGGGGGGCCGGAUGACACCAGCACGGAUCAUAUGCUGCCCCCGGCGGCCUGCUCUAACGGAAACAUGAUUCCUGGGUACACUGACGUGGAGACACACAUCUGAGUAGCACUACACAAAGGGAUUCUAUUCACCAGCACCUGAGAUCUGUCCGUCACUGCACCUCCUCCCUUCCACCUCGCCCCUGAACCCCGGCCCCUGAACCCCGGCCCCUGACCACGGACUACCUGAUGAUGUACCUCUCAACCUCUGACACAGUUUCUAUAGGAAGACCCCUCCUGUCUAUAGGAAGCCCUCUCCUCUCUGAACGCCAUGAGUUCCUUAUAGUGAUCACUGUGGUCUAAGGAAAGAGGGGGAGAAGUUUUUUUUGCCCUCUGAAGUAAAGGAGGAACACGUCACUGAUCAUCCUCCUUGAACGAAGAGAGAGACGAUUGGCAUUAUCAUAGGACCUGGGCGUCACACAAUCCAAAACAGUGCACUUGUUCCCUGUGUCUUUCAGCUUAUUUAAAAUGGUUUUAGACUUCAAAAUGUGAAUUCACACAAUAAGUGUGUACCAUAUAGAGCUGGCCGCCUGAAAACAAAUAUUUUUUAAACUCUGUACGUCUGGAAUCAGAGUAUGUAAAUGUUUUAAUAUGCUUCAGUAGGUUUUUAAAUGACAGAUUAUUCAGAAAGAUAAAUGGUAUUAGAGUAAUUGAAUAGAGUACGUUGUACUUCUCUGUCUGGACCACAAGCAUCUCACACUUUAUUUAAUGUUAUGUUCUUUCCGUCUGUAGGUGUUUCAUUAUAUACACUACCGGUCAAAAGUUUUAGAACACCUACCCAUUUUUCUUAAUUUUUUAUUAUUUUCUACAUUGUAGAAUAA